CGGGUAGGGGGGGGUUGACCGAACACACGCGUGCGACAACAGUGCUCGGGGGUUCGAUAGGUAGUUGAGUUUCACACGCGGCCCGGUACGAACGCGUCCAGCUCUCUCUCCCGUUUCAGUUAGUGCUGCUAUCGUUGCUGCUACUGCAGAGAUUGGAGACAGUGUGUGUGUGUGUGUGUGUGUGUGUGCGGAGUUAUUGUUUUGCUUUUAAAAGCGCCAUACGCUACGAUCCCGAUCGACACAGACAAGCCCAGCCAAGAUAGCGGAGAACGACGGCGAUACGUCCUCCUCAACCGGCCACUCGAUCAACUUGGAGGAGCCGCAGAGGGGGCACGGCACGAUGAAGCACUCCCGCCGCUACCUGGUCGGGAUAUCGGCCCUGCUCGUCCUGGUCGUCGGUGGCGGUGUCGCACUCGGACGGGCACUGAACAAAGAUGACGAGCUGGCGGAGGACAGGACGCCCAAGUCGAUGGACGUGAUACUGGCGGAGAUACGCAGCCUGAUGCAGGACUACUCGAUCGAGGCGUACAUCGUACCGUCGGUUGAUGCGCACAAUAGCGAGUACAUCUCGCAGCACGACCGCCGGCUGCAGUACGUGACCAACUUUACCGGGUCGGCCGGUACCGCCAUCAUCAUGCUGGGCAAGGCCGCCCUCUGGACAGACUCGCGCUACCAUCUGCAGGCGGACGGCGAGCUGGACGCCGCCCACUGGACGCUGAUGCGCGAGGGCCUGCCCGGGGUGCCGACGCGCGACGAGUGGCUGCUGGCGAACCUGUCGCCGGGCGCGCUGGUCGGCACCGACCCGUUCCUGAUCGCCUCGACCGAGUACGGCCGGCUCGGGGCGGUGCUGGCCGAGCGCGGCUACCGGCUGAUCGCGCUCGAGCGCAACCUGGUCGACAUCGUGUGGAACAACCGGCCGCCGCAGACGGCCGACGAGCUGCUCCCGCUCCCGCUGGCGUACAGUGGGCGGCGGGCCGCCGACAAGGUGCAGGCGGUGCGCGUGACGCUGCAGGAGCACGGAGCGAACGCGAUCAUCGUCAGCGCGCUAGACGAGAUUGCCUGGCUGCUGAAUCUGCGCGGCUCGGACAUACUGUACAAUCCGGUGUUCUUCGCCUACCUGAUCGUGUCGCACACGCACCUGCACCUGUACACCAACGCGGACCGGAUCAACGCGACCGUCCGGGCGCACCUCGCGUCCGAGGGCGUCGGCGAGCUGGAGGUGCGCGACUACCGCGACAUCCUGCCCGGCAUCGACGAGUACGUGCGGGGCGGCAACCGGCUGAUGGUGUCCACCGCCUGCAGCCAGGCGCUGUACGCCGCCAUCCCGGCCGACCAGCGGCUGCAGCAGUACAGCCCGGUGGCGAAGCUGAAGGCGGUGAAGAACGCGGUCGAGGCGGCCGGCAUGCGCCGGGCGCACGUGCGCGACGGUGCCGCGGUCGUGCGCUACCUGCACUGGCUCGAGCAGUCGGUUGACGGUGGCAACGUGACCGAGCUGUCCGGGGCGGCCCAGCUGCACGACUUCCGCCGCCAGCAGGACCUGUUCGUCGACCUAAGCUUCGCCGCGAUCAGCGCGUUCGGGCCGAACGGCGCGAUCGUGCACUACAGCCCGUCGGAGGACACGGACCGGCCGAUCACGCGCGACGGCAUCUACCUGAUCGACUCGGGCGGCCAGUACCUGGACGGCACAACGGACGUGACGCGCUCGGUGCACCUCGGCGAACCGACCGCCUUCCAGCGGGAGUGCUUUACGCGCGUGCUCAAGGGCUUCCUCAGCGUGGCCGCCGCCGUCUUUCCCGUGCGCGCCUCCGGCACCACGUUCGAUGUGCUCGCGCGCAAGGCGCUGUGGGACGUCGGGCUGGACUAUGGGCACGGGACCGGGCACGGCAUCGGUGCGUUCCUGGGCGUGCACGAGUACCCGCCGUCGUUCGUGUCGAACAGUGCGUCGCCGAGCAACCAGGGCCUGGUGGAGAACAUGUUCUCGUCGAACGAGCCGGGCUACUACGAGCCGGGCCAGUUCGGCGUGCGCAUCGAGGACAUCGUGCAGGUGGUGAACGCGACGGCCGCGACCGUGCCGUACGACUUUAACGGGCGCGGCGCGCUCACCUUCCACACCAACACGCUCGUGCCGAUCCAGCAGCGGCUGAUCGAGCGGGCCCUGCUGUCGCCGGCCGAGCUCGCCCAGCUGAACGCGUACCAUCGCCGGGUGCUGGAGGAGGUCGGGCCGCUGUUGCUGCAGCAGAACGACCCGGGCGCCCACCAGUGGCUGACCGAGGCGACCAAGGAGAUGGUCGCCGCGAGCUAAGGGGGUGGGAACGGGGGGGAAUGGAGAGCUGUUCAGGGUGUGUGUUCCUAUGUACAGUAAGCGUCAAUAAAAGGCGAGGACCAAUUAUAAAUAA